CUGGAGUCCUCUGCCAGUUCCUACACGAUCAACAUGGCGGGUGAGGACCCGGGCGUGUUCUCGGUGGUCAUGACUAUUGAAGAUGCCUCUGGUGGCAACGAAGCUGGGAACAUCGAGAGGACACGUCGGUUCUACUUGUACGACGCAGAUUCCACCAUCACGGUUGACGACUCCGCUGGGCUAGCAGAGAACGGGGACAUGUGGAUCUCCACAACUGUGGCGGACACUGACUUCCUGUGGCAGACGAAUCUUGACCAACUUAUCACCGUGGAGUAUAUGGACCACUUCAUCCAACACACCCACCACAACGGCAAGUUCCUGAACGCCAUUGCUGAGUUCUUCGUACCCGUGCCACAAGCGAACGACGACGUCGACACCACGGAACGAUCUAGGCAGCCCAUCGUCAACCAAAAGGGAGUGGUAACCUUCGAGACAUUCGUGCAUGCCAUGUGUGGGGAGAACCGUGUGACUGAAAGCUGA